AUUCUCCGUUAAUCAAUAGCUGUGGGGGGAAGAUGCUGAAGCAAAUGGUGGUAGGCUGCUGCAAGGUUUAUAUAUCCGAAAGCAGAAACAAAGCUGCGCUGGAAGCCAUUGAAAGGGCUGCCAAGCUUUUUCCAGAGGCACCCAUUAUCAACAAAUUCGAGGAUCCGACUUACAAUCGGGUCGGAUACACACUGGUUUCGAAAUUGGGUCCGAACCCAUCUUCUUCUUCGUCGCCGUGUACAUUGAAAGGCGCUGUUUUGGAAAUGGUGAAAGCUGCAUUCGCGGCAAUUGAUCUUGAAAAGCACCGUGGGACCCACCCCAGGCUCGGUGUAGUGGACCACAUUUGUUUCCAUCCGUUAUCUGGUGCUUCGGUGGACCAUGUUGCCGGAACUGCCAAAUCUUUGGCUGCAGAUGUUGGCUCAAGUCUUCAAGUUGCCACAUUCUUAUACGGAGCAGCACACAGUGAGGGAAGAACCCUCGACUCAAUCAGAAGGGGUCUCGGUUAUUUCAAACCAAACUCCGAUGAUAAUCAAUGGAUAGGCGGGCCCCACUCGGAGACACUAGAACUGAACCCAGACGAGGGCCCACCUCGUGCACUUCAGAAAAAGGGGGUCGUUGUGGUGGGGGCCACCCCCUGGGUUGAUAACUACAAUGUUCCGAUAUUCUCUAAUGAUAUGGAUUUAGUACGAAGAAUCGCAAAGAAGGUUAGCGCGAGAGGGGGUGGAUUGCCUUCGGUGCAAUCGAUGGCACUCGCUCACGGUAAAGGUAUAAUCGAAGUUGCAUGCAAUCUAUUAGAUACGACUAAAGCUGGUGGAAUUGAAGUUCAAAGGGAAGUCGAGCGGCUCGCGAAACAAGAAGGUAUGGAAGCGGGAGAGGGAUAUUUUACCGAUCUUUCUCGGGCUAAAAUUAUCGAGACUUACUUGCAGAUGAUGACUGCUCGGAAUUCAUCCCAAUGAUGAUCUGAAUAAUGUAUUUUAUCGAUUUUUUUUAGCUAUUAUCUUUUCGAUAAUGUAUAUACAAGCAUUGAACUAACAAGAAUGCUUGCUCUAUAUCAGUAGGUUCUUGUUUCGGGUAUUGUGAUGAAUUAACACUUUCAUCAAUCCAUUUUUUAAGUGAACAAUUUAAUUCAAUUU